AUGCUGAUGGAAUAUGUACCUGGGGGUGAACUUUUUAGUUAUCUGCGCAACAUGGGACGCUUUAAUAACAGCACUGGACUGUUUUACUCUGCAGAGAUUAUUUGUGCAAUAGAAUAUCUUCACUCAAAAGAAAUUGUUUACAGAGACUUAAAGCCUGAAAAUAUUUUAUUAGACAAAGAGGGGCAUAUAAAACUCACCGAUUUUGGAUUUGCUAAAAAGCUGGUUGAUAGGUAAGCUCUUUUUUUAAAAACUGAUAUUUUAUUUUACUUUAUUAUUUUGGGGGGUAUGCAAGUAUGAUGGGAAGAGGGCAGAGAAUGAAAUUUUGAACAUGACUAGUGGUACCAACCAUGAUUAACAUUUUCAGUUUUUAGUCUGUUUGGUUAACUGCUAUACAUACAUGCAACAUGGAUUAAAAUGUAUGUAUGUAUAUUUAUUUAUUAAGAAGGUUUCACAUAGCAUGAGAAAGAUAACAAAGUCCAACAGACCUUCUGCAGCAGAGCAUUCAAUAAUCAGGGUAUCACUAGAUUAACAUGUCUUACAAAUUCUCAGAGAGAUUUUCUUAACUUUAUUUUUUAAAAAAAUAAAUUAAUUAUAUACUACACUUUCUGCCAAAGGAGCUGAGGUUAGUAAGCACAUCUGUGAUACAACAAUUAAAAUUAAGAUGUAUUUAAAAACAUAAACAUCUAAAAGUAAUAAGCACAGUAAAUCAUUAGAUGAAUGAGGUAUUAUUAUUAAUCACAUUUAAAGAUUUCUAGGCUUGCCCUCAAGUUCACAUAUCUUACCUGGCAAUAGGAACUUUCCCUGCAAUGUUAAAGAACUGUUGGCACUCAGGGUACAUAUUACUAUGUUAAAUAGAGCACUGGUUAGAUUUAAGAUGUUGAUAUAAACUGGUACCUUCUCAUGUUGUGGAAAUCAUGCCUUGGUUCUUGUUAUUAUUUAUUAUUACUAUUCCUAUUAUUAUUCCUGAAAACCAAAAAUACUUCUAUCCCCAUCUAAAAACUUCUAAUGCACAAGCCAAAUAUAUUUGUAUGUAUGUGAAAACAGCAAUUAUUGUAAUUUGUGGGUGAAUAAGUAGUAGUUUUGAACAAAUGAUGAGGGAAUAUGAAAGGGAGACAAAAGAGACUGCAGUUCAAAAACAAUGUAAGUAUACACAAGAUAGGUAGCUGUUUCAUUUUGUGCUUACAACUCACCCACCCCCACCACUGUUUUAUGUAACAGGGAAAAAUCUGAAUAUCUGUACUGCCUUCUGUAAAGAUCCAGUCAGUAUAAAUACCCCUCUUGUGAAGGUUAUCCUGAGACUCGUGUGUGUGUGUGUGUAAUCUCCGCACUGUCCAGCUCACCUCUUGUGAGCAGAUGUGCUUUAAUGUAUACUUUCCCUUCACCCUAAAAAUCUGUAGAAGAGCAGAAGCUCUCCCUGAUCUCCAAAAUUAGUAUGAGAGGCUUGGGAAAAUAGCAAAAUGAGUUGCUGUCUCCUAAACCCCUCUAAGCCUUCCUCUCCAGGUCAAGGUUGAGGGAAGGGGUGAUGAGCUUGCCCUCACAAUCAUGUUGGGUCACAAAUGUCUCAGAUGCUUAGAGAAACAUUGCAGAAGACCACCUUUCUGCCCUUCCUUGGUGAGAAAAAUACAACUUUGCUCUCCAGGCCAAUCCAUUAACUUCUAUGGAUGCAGGUUAAAAAUAUUGAUCAACAAUUAUUGCUAAAGCUUAGUGAAAUUGGCUCACUUAAUUUAAUACCUUAAAUAUGCAAUCCUACCAAAGCUACACAUUUUUCAGCCUUGCUUCUUUCCCUGCUACUGAAAUCAGUCAGUGUAAAGUGCUUUUUCUUAUUCGUAUUCUGGAUAAGGCGGUGUGCAUAUGAUUCCAGGUUAUCUCCUAUCCAGACAGUACGGUGCUUAUAUUUGGCAGUAGCUUGUCCUAAAAACAUGACAUGAAAUCUAGAUGUUCAAAAUCUAGAUGUUUUUCAGUCCGAUUCGUUAGGCAAAAAAAUGAUAUCUAGCUCUUUAAAUUUUUAACUAGCAUUCUUUUUUAUGGAGAAAUGAUUGGUAUUGCAAUGCUAAGCUAGAUGGAAUGAGAAAGAAAAAGGUUUACAUACUGCAAAUUACUGACAAUCUUUUGGAGUUAUUUGGAAAAUAUAUGUUGCAACAGAGUGGUUUGAUCUGUGUUCUCUUGUUUGUUUGCAUCUCUGAAGUUGGCCUUGCAACUGCAGAGAAUUUUAAUGUUUGUUUUUAACUGUUGUGCAGAAGUCACAACUUGUCGUCAGCUUCCUGGAAUGUUUGCAUUCGGAUUUUCAAAGUAUUUUGUAUAAGCAUGGGAAAAAAUUGCUCUGUCUUCCAUAGAAAGUUGUGUUGGUGCUGGUUACAAUAUUACUUUUAGUAGUGAUGAGCAGAUUAUGCCUUCAUUAGGAAGUCAGUUUUACUGUUGAAUCCAAUGCAUACCGAACAAGGCUUGUAAAAUAUCAUCAGGUUGCAGGUAGCCAGAUUGUGAGUCAACUUGUACUCCAGAAAUAAAUGAAGAUUGCCUCUGUAUCCUAAUGAGGAGGCAACAAGCCUUCGUUAGAUAGAUAUUUUUUAAAGUAAAAUACUAUACAGGUAUACCCAGUUACAUUUGAGGACAAGCAUUGCUUACAAAAGGUCUGGUUAGAGAUAGAGGAUAUGAAGCUGUUGGCUGUGAUCCACCCAGAGUCGAGCAUUUAUAACCCUCCCCCCCCCCCCGUAAGAGUUAAGUGCAUUCUUUAAUCAAUGGGAUUUACAAGGGCUUAAUGUUUGGCUGGAUCACAGCAUUUGUGGGAUGUUGACAAUGCAUGUAUGCUCCUCAGUAUUAACCACAUUCAAAAUGUAAAUACAGCAGUACCUCGGUUUACAAACUUAAUCCAUUGUAGGAGUCCAUUCCUAAACCGAAACAGUUCUUAAACCAAGGUGUGCUUUCUCAUAUGAGGCCUCCUGCCCCCGGUGGCCUUCCACCAUUUGGAUUCCGCUCUUGGACCGAGGAAAAGUUCUCAAACUAGGACACUAUUUCUGAGUUUGUAAACCAAUUCAGUCUUAAACCGGACUCUUCUUAAACCGAGGUACCACUGUAGUCCAUAACUCCCCAUCCCAUACUCUAUAAGGUGUUUUGUCUCCCAUGUAUCAUCAGUGAGCUUAGAAGUAUACCAUCUGACAAGGGAAGAUCUGAAGUAAGAUACUGGGUGUUUAAGUUUACUUGCAAGUUUACCUUCAGUUCUCCCAGGAGAAGGUGAGCAUUACAGGCAUACUUACCUAAAAGGCAGACUGCCCACCAUUACUGGUCCUCUUCAGCUUCAUGAGGCUGCUGGAGAGAACUCUUAUAAGACUACCCUGUCCUCACAGUGGCCAGCCACAUGCUUAUGGAAAGCACAAUAGGAGAACCAGAGUUCAGUAGUACUUUUGAUUCCCAGAAACUGGUAUUCAAAGGCAUCCUUCAUCCAACAGUGGAGGUGGAACAUAGCCGCCAUGGCUAGUAGCUUUUGAAAACCUUGUUUAUAUAUUUAAAAAUACUUGCAUGCUGAAAUUUCAUUUUCUGAAAAAAAUCAAAACAGUUUAUAACAACGGUUAUGCAAUUAAAAAACCACACAAAAAAAGAUCAUCAGCUUACUAUUAUGGGAAACGUUUAUCUCAAUUUUCUGCAUCAGCCUGGCAGUAGAGAAAAGUUUUCAGCAGAAGUCUGAAGGUUAAUAUGGAAAGUUGCUGCUGAAUCUGUAUUGGAAGAGCAUUCCAUGAAAGUGGACCACUAGCAUUGAAAGCUGGAUUUUGCGUUCAGGUCAAAUGAGCCUCACCAAUUCAAGUAAAGCUCCUACAAAUGAUCUCAUUGAUUCAGCUGGGAUAUAGUGCCUAUGCUCUAUGUGCAAGGAUUCUUCAGCAGCCCAAAAUGUUAUGGAAACUGCUACUUGAAAGCAGAAAGUUUGAAAAUGACUUCUGUAGCUUUUAGUUUGAAUGUUAAUACAAUCUUGAUUGGAGACUAUAUUAAACUGAAGGUACAAUGUGAAAGUUCUACACCUGUGGUCCACAUUCUUGCCCACCCCCUCACCAGAGCUGAGUGUUUUCAUAGCCCUCUGGUGAGAGCAAGGAGAGGACCCCUAGCUUUCUUCUGUAGCUUGGUGCUGGGAAAGGGAACCUCCUGUGGAAGCACAAAGUCAGGCAGUGGAGCUAAAUGGAAGGCUUGCUGUAAUACAACUGAAAAUAGAAAUAAAUCUAUUUUAGUCCUAUGUGAGAAAGAGCCACCAACUAUUAGGCUGUGUGUGUGUUAAGUAAAACCAUUGCUCAUUAUUACAAGGUCAAGCUCUUGGAUAAUCUGCCUUGUUGUGUUAUCCUUUGUGCAACAGUCAUGACUCAGUGUCUCUUGGGCAUCUUUCGUCUUUAUGCUUAGUGUGAUUUACUGGGGAACUGAGGGGGAUUAAGUAGGAGGGCAGAUGACUACAGAGCAGUUGGUGCUUGAUUCAUGCUGAUAACAGAUUGCGGUGUGUGUGUGUUUUUAAGGUUAUGAGUGCCACAGUGUUUACAGAAGCAAAGGCGACUUUACUCUCUGGGUGAAAUGCCAUCCAGCAGAUAGGCCCUAGGUUAUGAAUGGCCUGUCAAAAGCUAAGCUGCCUCUCUACCUGGAGGCUGAAACCAUCCCCUUCUCACUGUGAUAGUUGCCUGUUGCUGUGCAGAACACAGUUGCAGUCUUCCAUAUAUUUUCAUGAAAGUAAACCCACUAAACACAGAGAGACAGGGUUAUUAGGUGAACAAGCCAAUGAUUGCUCUAUUAAUCAUUGAUGGUUGAGACACUGGCUGAAGAUUGAUAGAACACAGAAAGGGCCUGUGACACAUUCACAACACUGUAAGCCCACCUUGGCAACAGAUGUGACCAAGUCUUGCUCACUGCUGCCACUUCUACACAUGGGAAAAGUUCACAAGGUAUUAUUUCCCUGUGAUCCAAGUCUUGCAGUGCUGACUACCCAGCAUCUGGCCGUGAGAAUGGACUGGAUAUGGGACAGUUCAUUUAAUCCAUAUAAGGCUCAGAAAAGGCUAGCUAGCAGGUUUUGUGACUUGCAAUAGUGGCUUCAGCUGAUGCAGAGCAUAGUAUCCUCAUGGGGUUGGAUUACAGAGAGCACAUUGCACCUGUUAAUUGGCUCCCCGUACAUGCACACACAUGCCUGCCUAUGAACUGCUUGUGUACUAAAUGCUGCAGAUACUAUCACCUCUCUGAUUUUACAUUGCAGGAUUUAAAAGCUAGCUGAUUCUUGACUGUAGAUGAAGAUAUGUGGGGGUUCACAUUUCCGUUUCCCCUCCUUGACAUGGCAAGUGUUUUAGCAUCCUUGGGCAAAAAGGAUGAGAGGGAGCUCCAGCUCAUCCCCUGCAGAGGAAGAUAGUGGGUUGGGGAUUGUGCCUAUAGUUGCAUGGGGCUUCAGAGGGCUCAGUGCAAAUAUGAAAAGGACUCCUCUCCCCUUUCCAGCUGCAAGCUACAGAGGAAGGAUGCGGCUGGAAGUUUUAGUAACAGAGGGUGCAGAACAUCUUAAUGGGACAGCACAGAAACAACUCUGUUCCCCUCCUGCAGCUCCAAAAGAUUGGGCUGAAGAGGAGAGCAAGGCAUAGCCCCUUCUUCCAGUGGAGGUCCAGCACAAGGCUACAGACUAAGGAAGCAAUGCUCUGUACAUUAACUUGGGAGAACGCCCCACUGGACACCAUGGGAGUAAUGUUUGAAUAGACUUGUAGUCAAAACCUGUGGACCCUUGAAGAUGGAUGUGCUUAAUGACUGCCUUGGAUUAAAAAAAUAUAUAUCCUAGAGACUUGCUAAAUUCAGGCUUUGAAGCUAUAUUUAAGUGCUGCAAGACUGCUUUGUUUUAUUUGGCAUGCUUUUUUGGGGAGGGGGGUGUUAAGCAGCGAUAGGGCAAUUUUAAUCCUGAUAAUCUAUUCUGAUGUUUAAUAUUUUAUUGAUCUAUUGAGUUUUGAAUUUAGUGUUGCUAUUGGGCUGAAGUUCUUAGGAAGGAGGUAAAAAAAAAUCCAAUAAGAGGGAUUUUUCAUUUUUUUCAAAGGGAAUAACAUGAGGAAACAAUGUAUCAUAAAUUCAGAACACUUCAUUCCUUCUAAUUUGAAUAUACAGUUUUCCAGGAUGGAUGGAUUUUAAGUGAAGCGUGGUUUAUAUCCAGAUUUAAAUUGCCAAGCAAAAAAUUCUCAUCUAAAUACUGUACUUGAUUUAAAUCAUUUUUUGUUUUUGUUUUUGCAAUAUCCUUAUUUUAUUGGAAACAUGUUACUAGCCAGUUGCUGGAAUAACUAAAACAUGAUUGUUUGUAAAUAAAUAUAGCCUAAGUACAGACAUUUAAAAAAAAUUUCAGGAAGCAUUUUAAGUAAACUUUCCUGGAUUAUGGUUAAUUUUAACUCAUUUUUAAUCUUUUGCAUUUCUUUUAUAACUUCUUGGUACACAGCUUAGAAACUGCAGUAGUAAGCAAUAUAUAAAUUGUUGAAGUAAGUAAAUGCAAUCUUAGAAGUAGGCUUGAAAACUUUUGGUAAAGCAUCCUGCAUGAAUUGCAGAAUUAUUGCCUCAAAAAAAGAGAUUGGGUAUAUUUGGUCUUUGGUUUGGUACACUCAGAAAUAUUAAGUGUGAUUGCUCAUUGGGACAGCUUAUAACUCUUAUAUUAAACUGGGAUAAGUUCCUAUAGAAAACUUGGAAUGGUAGAGUGCAUUAUCCUCUGGGACCUCUAACCUAGCUGCUGUGUAGCAUAUAAGAGAGUUUUAAAUCCAGGGUUGUUUCUAGCUUCAAAUAAGUAUUUUAAACGGAUUAGUGAUUGGCCCUUGGCUACUUUUUGCAAUGGAGAAUGUUUUUUAUGCAGCAUGUGUUUGAUCUCUAAAACUUUUAAAAAGGAGCUUGCAUUGUAUAAAUUCGCACGGUCCACUUACAUUGUGACAAAAGUCUUCAUAAGCAUAGUGUAUUUACUGGCAGCUGUGAUCGGUCGAGUAGAUCUUGUAGAUGACAGAUUACUAUAACAGUGUCAGUAAGAAUAGGUAGCCAAUGUAAAUACCCUCCAGAUGCUGUUGGACUACAACUCCCAUCAACCCUGACCAGUGUCCAUGCUGACUAUGGCUGAUGGGAUGUGGAGUCCCAGCAACAUCCAGAACACACCAUAUUGUCCAUCCCUGCAGCUCUUAUUAAAGUAUGCUACCCAGUGUACAAGCAUUAGUGCUGCUAUGAUUUCCUGUUUUCAAAAGUUGAUUUUGAACUUCAUAUUGAAGAGUGAUGUUAAGUUCAAAUGUGCAGAAGUUGAUAAAGAAGUUGAUGUUGUGCCUUAAAAAGGCAGACUUGAUCAUUAUCUUUCUCAUAAAGAAGGAAGAGGAGACCCACCAUAGAGUAUAUAGAUGGUCUUUUCAAAAUCUGUCAGUUACCUAGAUCAGGGAGCUUCCUGGAGUUUGGUCAGACAAGCUCAAGGAUUUCACAGGAUUUCUUAGGACAGUUUCCCUGAGCUUCCUUGGGUUUUUCCUUGGUCCCCUAUAGCAUUAAAAUUAUCCUUGUUUGCACAACUCCAGUGUAAAUUACUUUUGUCUGGGACUAAUGUAAAUUGAAUCUACCAGCAGAGAAAUGCCUUCAAAAUCUGUUUGAUUGGCUUUUCUAUUCCAGUAAAAGAUUCUCCCUCAUUAAAACAGACACGUGUGCCUAAAAAGCAGCUUUGUAAGUGGAUUUGCAGAAUCUUGGUGUAUAUUUUGAAGUGGAGAAUAACAUCAGGUGUGCAGUUAGGCUCAUUUUGUCAUUCAUGCACUCACUGUCAACGGGACACAUUCUUAUUCCAUACUAGAUAGUUACAAAUAUGGCUACAUCAUUGAUUAAGAUAGUUAUCAUAAAUAUAUUUUCUUCUUGUGCUAAGUCGAGGUCUUCUCUCUUUUUUGUAAAUUUUGUUCAAAAUACCUAGCUUAACCUAUUCAAUACUUACUAGUACAGCAACAGGUUAGGAAUCUGAUUGGACAGAAUGGUCUGGUGGCCAAAAUCCCUGGGAUAAAAUCAGUACCAUUUGGUUCUGGGUACACUGUUAUCCCUGAGCUGUGACCAAGCAUUUGUGGCCAUUUUGCUUAAGCCUCCUGCUUCAGGUGAUAAAUUGGAGUUCUGCUCCACUUAGUCUGUGAGAGUUACUGCUCACUUGCUUUCAGUGUGGAGUAUAAACAUUUAGGAGGAAAUUCUAAUUGUAUUCACUAAGUAUUAACUUCAUUUAUCUAUCUUUUAUAUAUUCUCAUCCAUAACAAUACCAAGGUGGUUUACAACCUUUAAAAAAACCAAAUAAACAAAAAUGUUAAACUAAUAUAAGCAGCAUUACAAUAAAUACAAAUAACCAUAAAUUCAGUAACCAGAACAGUUCUCAGAGCCUCAUCAAUUUUAUAAGAGGUUAUGCCAUUUAUAUGGUAUUGUAAUGUGGCUGUGAUUCUCCUAAAACUUUAAACAUGCCGAACUGUUUCUGAUUACAAGCUUUAGGUCUUGGGUAGCCCAGUUUCAAUGAAAGCUUAAUUCAUCACAAAUAUGAAAUGUAAUUUUAGCUUCCUGUUCCUUGUUAUUUUUUUCUUAGGACAUGGACGCUCUGUGGGACCCCGGAAUAUCUUGCCCCAGAAGUCAUACAGAGUAAAGGUCACGGAAGAGCAGUAGAUUGGUGGGCCCUUGGCAUUCUGAUAUUUGAGAUGCUGUCUGGGUAAGUUGAAUGGGGAAUAUAGAAUUAAGUGAAGUACAGAUAUUUUUCGUUUUCUCACAGUGAACUAAUAUGGAAAAUCUGGUUCUUUUACAUGUCCCAGCUUUGCUUUCGUGUUGUGUGGAAAAGCAAUUUUGGAGACAGAAAAUGAGACUGUUCUGCACAACAUCAGCAUACUUAACUGCACAGAAUUCCCGUCUUCUAAAAUUGAGAUGAUAAAUAUUUGUUUCCUUGUGAGAAAACAGUGCCUUUUAACAUUCAGUCUCAUGGUAUUACGUAUCCAUGGGAGACUCCCACACAACUGGAACAACAUCUAAGUGACCUAGGCAUAUGGUUGGGACUAAUUGUGUGUGCCUUUCCCAUGCAAUAGGUAGUGGCCCCUUCCUGGCAAGGUGCCAGUUUCAUAGAAUAGAACCAUGUAAUUGGUGCCCUCAUAUGGCUGAAUUGUUUGUGGCAAGAGUAGGGGACCUGUGGCUUUGCAGAUGUUGUUGCAUUGCAGUUCCAUCAUCCCUGAUCAUCAGCCAUCCUGGUUGGGGUUGAUAGGAGCUGGAGUCAAAUAACAUCUAGAGCUUUCCAGAGCUUUCCAAACUUUUCAUGUUGAUGACACACUUUUUGGACAUGCAUCAUUUCGUGACACAGUAAUUCAGUUUUACUAGCAAACCGGAGGUUAAACUAACCCCUUUCCAGCCAGGGAAGUGCAUUCACAUGACACAUCUACACACUGCAACUGACACACUAACAUGUUGUGACACACAGUUUGGAAAGCUCUGAUCUAGACAGUCACAGGUUCCCCAUCCCUGUUUUAGAUACAUCCUGUAGCCAUGUCAUAGCCACCCAUAGACAAAUGCAAGAAUAUUUCAGUUGGAUGAUGAUUCAGGGGCACAUAUAUUACCAGUAACUUGGAAUUCAAAAAGAAUCCCAUGUUCAACACUUAGAUCCACUUGUGUCAUUGGGUGGUAGGUUUCAAUUGAAAUAGAUCAUACUUUUAAUUUUAGAAAAUCAAUACAUCUUUUAAAGACAUUCUCACAUUUAUUUUAAGAAGUUUUAACUCAUCAGGCAUGCUAUUUUCAAAGAGAAUCUGUUUUGGGAAAAGAGAACAAAUCCCAUAUAUGCAUUCAGUAUUUCAGUAUGAGAAGAUACAUCUGAUAAUCUUAUGUUUCUAUGCUAGAUUGGGGCUCAUGCUGUUUGAGUUCGUUGGGCUUCUUGCUGGUACCUGUUUAAUCAACAUUUUUUUGCUGCAUGUACACCUCUGUGUGUGUGUGUGUGUUACAGCGAGAAUAUUAUAAUUCAAUAUCGCAUAAAUCCAUGAAUAUUUGAAUCCACUAGAUGGCAGCAUUUUCAGAAUAAUGUGCAGAUGAUUUAACUAGCUUUGUUGCAGAAAGGCUUUCUUAGAAAUUUCCUGCACUAGUAAAAGAUAAAUUUGUUAAGCUGGCAUUUGGAUUAGAUUUAUCCCAGCGAAGUCAAUAGGGUUGGAUCCAAGUUAGCUGAACUAUAUUCUCAUUGAGAAAUCAUGAUUUCAGUUCAGCUAACUUAAUCUAGAUCUAAUCCUUUGCAUUUGAAAAAAGAUGGAGGUGCAGUUAUAAAAGAAUUGUGUAAAGUAUCAUUGCUUAAUGUUGCAUUAGUAUAACUCUGCAGAAAUGGUAUACGUACCAGAUAAUUUAUCCAUACAUUUUCCCUUCAACUCUUAUUAUCUCUUGGAGGUAACUAGUAAGGCACUUCAAACAUAGAUCUGUGUCUUGAAUGUGCACACCAAUUUUCAUUCCUACAGUUAAAGCGAUGUUGGCUUUUUUUACAAGCAAACCAGCUAAAAAGAUGGUCAAACUUAAGGCAGUAAUCUACUCAAUCAGCUACAAACAAUUCUCAGGAAUCAGUGCAAAAAUCUGGUUUUAAAUAUUAAGAAUAAUUCCCCUGAAUAAUAUGGAUUCAUUAGGUUUCUGACAUAAUUGUAUGCUUUUCAUAAACAGUCUAAAAUAGGGAGCCUAUGCACAUAAGACUUAAAUGAGGCCUGCAGUCUUUUCCUUUCUUUUUUUCUUUUUUUACUGGCUUUUUCUUAUAGAAGAACCUUCUAUAAAAAGAUAAAAACAAGUCAAACCAACAUGUGGUCUGCUAGUAUCAAAGUACUUCCUGAAGAAACAUUACUGUGAAUCUGUUAUACAAAUCAGCUAAAGAGGCACAGACAUGUUUUUUAAAAAUAGAAGCAAUUUCCUAAGUAGUAUUUUUAACACACCCACACGGUGUUGCCUGAUUAAAUGCACAUCAAAAGAAUAUUAUACCAUAGGCUUUUAAAGCUGAUCUGAGCUGUAUCUUACUCUGAAUUAUGUUUAAAGAAUCUGAAAAGCUUGCUUGAUGGAAUCUUCCAUUAAUAAAGAAAAUUCCACUUCUGCUUUGGCUCACAGGUCCCAAUACUGCAGUCAGCAGACGGCACACUAAAAAAACCAAUUCCUUAACGCCAGCUGUGCUUGCUUGAUACCAAACUUAUGUGACAAAGGAAAACAUCACUUAAAGGAGAGGGCAGGCUAGAGGGGCUUAUUAAAAUCUGGAGAACUUCAAUUUUUAUUUAAUUUGUUAGCUCUCUCAGUUGGAUCAGAAUGUUUCAAUACAUGCCAGCAACCUUUGGCAUGCCUUAUCCCAGAACUGGAAGAUACACUAAUGAUAUUUCGACCUGUAGGCAAAUACUAGAGCAGAGUUGGGAGCCUUUUUUAGGCCAGAGGCCACAUUUCCUUCUGGGCAGCCUUUUGAGGACCACAUUCCAGUGAUGAGUGUGGCCAGAGGCAAUAGUGGAUGGAGGAGCAACUGAUAUACAUUUCCCCCUUUGUACAGUACCCUGGUUUCUACAGACACCAACAUCCUCCUCCACUCGCACAAGCAAAAGGCAUUAAGAGUUCAAGGAUACAUUUCAGCCAGGCAAAAACUCACCCACUUAGAGUACAAAGAUGAGCCAUUGAGGUGUUUGGCUUGGGCAUUUUUGAAGGGCAGACAAGAGAGACCUGUUGUCAGGGCCGUCUUAAGCAUAUGUGGUGUUGGGUUGCAAAGAUCCACCCGCCUUCCUCCUGGAGCCAAUCGGAAGCUGCGGAAGCCGUGUUGGACAUUCAGGUUCCAAAAAACGUUUUAAAACCGAAACAUUUGGAAGCCAAAACGUUCUAGUAGCAAAGCGUUCGACUUCCGGGAUACGACUGUAUAAAAUAAUUCCUUACAAAUGCGCUCCUAUAAAUUAUGCUUUUUGCUGGCUACUCGAUUCUUGCCUGCUUGCCAAACCAGCUCUUCUUCUUCACCUUACUUCAACCGUGUUCCUUCAGAGAAAAGCUUUGUAAAAAUAUAUAUGCAACAACGAUCCUUGUGGCUCCAGAAAUAAGGAUUAGGACACUUCGGUUCAAAGUCACCAGCUAGGCUUUAUAUGGCUUUAUUUAUACCCUGAGUUCUUUUGACCAUGAGGAAUUAGUUGAAAGAUACUUUCCAAUCCCACCUAACUGAUUUGGAAAGAAAAGGUUUUUCCUGCCCCUCAAUAGCUGGUCUUAUAAUAGUGUUAGCCAUUAAACUGGAGUCGACUUCUCCAACAAUAAAACAAACACUUCCAUUUUUAACUGAUCUAUUACUACCUAACAUCAACCAUUCCAAAAUACCCACGAAGCUGAUUUCUUAAAUUGGAACAGCAGGAGGAAUUAUUCCCAAGAUGGACAAAAUUUACAAGACACAUGAGGAUCUAAGGCUUAAAAACAUGUUUCUGAAGAGGUCUUGGGUGUUUUGUUAGAGCUCCUUUAUACUUAAGUGCUAAAUAUUUGUACUAAGUUUAUUAACUAAAGUAAUAUCCUCAUGGCACAGAUAUGCUGCUUCACCAGUAUUUAAAACAUGCCACCCCAGGUCUUGCUAGCAUAGCAAGCUUUAUGAUCAGACUCCUAUUCAUCACAAGCUAGCACUUAAUAAAUCAGACCUAUUUCUUUAACAGAUGCCCUGUACCUCAAUUGUGAGGAAUGCAUACACCAAGGCAUAAAAACCCCAGCCUGUUAACAAGAGGAUUGACUUCACUGUGACGCAGGGUGCUUCAGAGGGCAAAAGUGAAGGCUGCAAGGCAACCCAAAGUGUUUUAAAAAAACCCAUUCAUAAUUUUGUCACUCGUUGCAUGGUAUAAGCAUACUGUCAUUCUCUAUGCUUUAUGUAUGUUUCUAGAAAGUGUAUUCUUUGGUUUACACCAGGCGAAGGGGCAGCAGAAGUAGUCAAUAUGUGUAUGUGUUUAAGAAGUAACUUUUCUGGACUUCAGUAAGUACAGUACAGCUGUAUGAAUAAAUAAUUGCAGGUCUAAUAUUGGGAAGCAGAUGGCAUUUAAAAUAGGCUAUAUUGCAAUAUACUUUCAAAGAUUUUUAAACUUAUAGCUGUGUGGUUUCGUGUGUCUUCCUCCUCUUGAUUAGGUUUCCUCCAUUCUUUGAUGACAACCCUUUUGGAAUAUAUCAGAAGAUUCUUGCUGGUAAAAUAGAUUUCCCCAGGCAUCUGGAUUUAUAUGUAAAGUAAGUGCAUUCACCUUAAUCGCUGGUUUAUUCUAUUUUGGUUCUACCUUAGCUUUACUUUAAAGUGCCAUUCAAAGUACAGUGUAUGAAGCCGCUUGUCACAUGCAGCCACUAUUUGUACAGUGCGCACUGUCUAUGGAUUCUGGGGAGAGAAUGCUCUAAUUUAUAUACUUGACAUUAAUUAAAUUCUAGGGGGCUCUAAUGUGAAUUCAGAAAGCUUGCUCAGAGUUUUAAAUAUUUAACUUUAAUUAGAGCUGAGCCUAAUUAGUAGCAUUAGUUCUGGUUUUCAUAUAGCAAUUUGCAUGUUUGAUGAAGAUUUCCACCCAACAGCUUAGCAAAUCUCAUAAAAUCAGACACUACUUUGCCUUCUAUAGCUCAGACAGAACCUAUUUUUAAGACUCCAGGGAGCUCUGUCGUCCCUGAGCUGGCACAGCUCAGGGAAACUGACAACCCUUGAGAACAAGGGAGGCGUAGAACCCCUGAGCUUUUCUGACAAAGCUCUGGGAAGCUUUCCAGUGUGAACUGAAACCCGAGCAGGAUCUUUUUGUCUAUACUUUAUGUAAGCAGUCAGGUCAUAGCCCUGACUCAGCCAAGUGGGCUUGAGAGUAGGGCUUUACAGAGAAUAUCUUAAAGGUGUCUGCCUGAUCUUCACCAACUGCACAGUUCCUUUGCUCCUAAACCACCAGAGCAAGUAUGGGGACCUCUCUGCAGGAAAUGCCUCUCCCAGACCAUGCCCCUCCCCAGUCUGCAGCAAGGAUUAAUAGAGUAGGAACUAUAUAUUACAUGGCUGAAAAACGAUACAACUAUACUAGUUCAGCCGGUGGCAGCUGUGUGCUUAAUAUGUAUUUAUAAGGGGUCACUUAAUCAAACUGGAAUGCUGACUAAAUGGUUUGAGUAGAUCAGCAAAGAAUUUAAUAAUUGUGAAAUAUGUACCUGCUCUCCCCAUAUGUUUCCUUGGCAACUCAGCUUUCAGUUACUCUGUCUGCAUCCCUGUCAAAGGUGUGUUGAAAGGUGGAUUUAUUGCUCACCUUCCCCAGCUGCACCCCAGUUAUCUCAACUGGAGUAUUAAGCAUUGGAGGUUUGUUGCUCAAGCUACAAUCUCUCUCCAUUUGAAAGCUGAUAACUGCAGGGAAAAUGUUAGCCUUAUUACAUUACUACUACUACUACUACUACUACUACUACUACUUUCACUAUUAUUAGAUGCCUUUAUAUAUUUUCUGUCAUCUUGAACUCAAAUGCAACUUCAAAAAUUAAUUUUUACCACCCCUUGUCCAGGGACCUUAUUAAAAAACUUCUUGUGGUUGACCGAACAAGACGGCUAGGAAACAUGAAGGUAAGCUUUACAUGCUAUUUUUAAGUCUCAGCACAUCCUAACCAUUGGCAUAAAACAUUUUCCUUAUCUUCGGUUUCCAGAAAUGCUCUUUUUGCUUAAAACCAAAUUCUAAUACAUUUGAUUUAUUUUGUGGAGGGGGGGAUCUUAUUAAUGUAUUCUUAAGUGUGGGAAAGCUGUAUCAUUCUAGAGUUAGAGGUGAGCAGUGGGGCUCAAGGCAAUGCUAUUUUUUCUAGAAAAAGAGAUGCCAGAACUCACCAUGACUGCCUCUCUUGUUCUCUUAUAAUGGUAAUGGCGCCCACCUGAGAGGGGCCAGAACUGAGUUCCAGCAAGUUCUGGAUGGAAAGAAAGCCCUGGUUCAAGAUCCCUAAAAGAAAAGGGAUUGCAAAAAGUUCCAAACAGGCAUCUCCAAACUUGAGUGAAUAGGUAGCAAAUGUCAUUCGGUGUAAAGAAGCAUAAAGUUACGCAUGUUAGUGCAAAACACCUUAGUUUCACAUAUAUGCUAAUGGGACCUAAACUGGCAAUGACUUGGCCAGGAAUGAAACCUUGGGGUCAUAGUGGAUAGUUUGAUGGAGAUGUUGAUUCUAUGUAGAAAGCAAUUUCAAAUUUGAGAUCAGUUUCAAAAACUUGUACUAUUGCAUGUGGAUCUGCUACUUAAGGGUAAAAGAAUCAAAACCUUACUCAGUAUAUGCUUUGUAGAAAUGAGUCCCAGUCUCACAAUAUUACUUGCAUUCGGUAUGUAAAAGGAUGAUUUGUGACCAGCAGAAUCCAGAUUUGGUACAGGAAAAACUGCUGGGGAAUCCAGUAUUUAAGAGAGAACCAGAAAAAUUGUGUGCACUACAGUGUGCCCUCAAAAUGCAGAUGGCAGAAAUACAUAUGGGUCUGCAUAAAGUGUUUGCUAGAAUAUAUUUUGGCAUUUCCUGUCAGUGAAUAAACAUCUAAUUUGAUUUUUCUUCACUAGAAUGGAGCUGAUGAUGUGAAGAGGCACAGAUGGUUCAGGUCUGUAGACUGGGAUGCUGUACCACAGAGAAAAUUAAAGGUGAAUUGUGCAAAAACAAAUGCAGCUUUGAGAUAAUUCAUUAUACUUCUACUUCAUUUGAUUCUUUUUCAGCUAAAAAAAAAAAAAAUCUGUUUGGAUUAGAAUUAUAGUGAAGGUCAUAUGCCUGAGUUCUUUAUGUUGAAAUCCCAGAGCCAUCACACCAAACAUUUCCCAAACUUACUAUAAGUUAGGAUUCCUAUGGACAAAAAGAAGUUAGUGAUAGGACUCUCAGAAGGCAGGUAAGAUAUCCAUCCAGCUGGAGCAAAGCAGAUUUGGGUUCAAGUCAGAGCCUAGAUAGGAACUUAAGUUUCAUAAUGAAAGAAAGGUGGGAUAUAAAUGUACUGUAAUAUAGAUAAAUAACUGAUCAGGCCAAGCAAUUGUGCUAAAACUAAUCGGUGAUAAUGAGCUAACUUUAUGCCAAGCAAAAAAAAUUGGGGAGGGGGUGAAAAAUUCUAGACUAUACUUCGUUUGACAUGGGAUUUUAAUUUAUUAUUAUUUUCCUUUUUUAAUUCAGCCUCCUAUAGUCCCGAAGGUAUCAAAUGAUGGUGAUACAUCCAACUUUGAAGCUUAUCCUGAAGAUGACUGGAACAAAAUGCCUCCUGUACCUCCUAAAGAUUUAGAAAUUUUCAAGAACUUCUAAACGUGAGACACAAAAUGUCAUUAAGGUAUUGGAUACUCAUCUUCCCUAAGUUCUACUUCUUUUUUAUUUCAUUAUAACAUCUAUAGGAAAACUCUGGCACAUGACCUAAUUAGACCCACCUUGCCAAGCCACACCUAUCAUAUAUAGUAUCAGCUGUGAGGCAGGUAAAGAUGCAGCUGGGCCAAAAGGGGGCUUUGCAGGCACACAAAGUCCCAAUGAUCAGCUGUUUGCACUGAACAUUUGCCUUCAUGCAGUGAUUUUAAGACACACUGGUGAAAACAGGUCACCUGACAUUGUGAUGCCACACAGUUGGCAGGCUGGUAGGCCCACUCACUUGUCAAACUUAUGUGUUGAGGGUAAGGAAAUGAAAAGGAUCAGAUCCGCUUCCUCUGCAUUGUAAAAGCAUCCAUGAUGAUCUUGAUGUUUUAAUUCAUUCCUGUUGCACUUACGCAUUUUUCAGCAAAUAGCGUUUAUGAAUGUCCACUCUCGUACUUUAUAGAAUCACACCGAUACUGAUUUUUCCUUGGUAAAAAGUAAUUCCUUGAGAUCUUUCUUGACUGAAAGUCAAGAAAGGCAUUUUAAAAUAGUGGUUAUUAGAGUAGCAUGAAAAAAAGAAAGUGAUCUUUCCUUGCAGAGAUUUUCUUGUGGUUAUGUCUAUACAGUGCAUAAAGUCCAGAACUUUGAAUAAGGAAAUUCAAGUAUCUACUACUCUGAAAUAUCAAUUAAUCGAACACUUGUUUUUAUUUAUUUUGUAGAAACUGGAAGAUUAUUAA